AUGACCAAACCUGAAGUAGCACAUUUUGGAGACAGCCAUUUCCACCAUGUGAUAUACAGGCUUGGGCCUUACAUCGCCAACUACGAGGAACAAGUACUCUUAGCCUGCAUUGUCAGAGGCUGGUGUCCAAGAAUUGCUGCUGUAGCAUCGUUUUCAGGCUUACAACAUUUCCCUGAGGGACGAGGCUUUAAACAAUGGACCGGUGACGAUUCCAAGGCUCUUAUGAAGGUCUAUUUACCUGCAAUUGAAGGCCACAUCCCAUCCAAAAUUGUGCAGGCCUUUCACGCUUUGUUAGAGUUCUGUUAUUAUGUAUGCCGCAAUGUCAUUUCGGAGACAACUCUCGCAGAAAUUCAAGAUGCACUCGCAAGGUUUCACCAACAUCGCAAAGCCUUUCAAGAUGCUGAGAGCAAGCAUAUCAAGGCAGUAAAGGAACCUUGGCAGCGCUCAAGUCGCUUUAAUGCCCUUGGUCAGAUGCUACGAACUAACCAGUGGUUGGAUAAACUUGCUGCUAUGUGUGCUGACUUCACAAGUCGAAGGAUGAUGAAUGGGACAGUUUUGACAGUUUCUGCCCUGGCAAUAGAACUGGAAAUACCGCAAUUCUCUGCCCUUCUCUGUCAAUUUCUUUUUGAACAACUGCACCCUGAUGACCCUUGGGACCUUUCUGACAUUCCCGAGUUUCAGUUCCCCAGCUAUGAAGGCCGGGUUUCUAUCUUCAAUUCAGCAUCAUCCAGAUUCUAUGCACCUAGUGACAUUAGUGGGAUCAGUGGAAUGUGCACAGAAUAUAUUUGGACUACCUUUCCUUGUGCAGUGAUCUGUUGGUUCAACACUGUUGGCAACUCCACUGAUGAGGACACCGGUUUGUGGGUUGUUCACCCAGUGUUUGCUCCCAACCACUCCCCCAAUUUUUCCAUCAUCCACGUUGACUCUAUUUAUCGUGCAGCUCAUUUAAUCCCUGUUUGUGGUACAUGUUUCGUCUCUUGUGACCUUAAGUUUCAUCAUUCCUAUGAUUCUUUCCAGUUUUAA